CAAAAUUGGAAUUCAGUUUUUCUGAGAUUUUCAAAGCACAUAUAGGUGCAGUCGGUUUGUAAGUUCGAUUUUCCCGUAUAUUCUGACUAGAAUCGCAUUUUCCAAUAUUUCCUAAACAUAAAGUGAAAAUUUACUUAUCAGAAGAAAUCGCAUAUAAAAGAUACUAUCCAUAUGCUAUUGAAAUGAAAACAAGUUUGAUUAAAAAUGAGAAAGACUAGAAAAAACAUGUAUUCAAAGUUAUAAAUGAAACAUAAAAAGAAUUAAAGUGAAAAUGGAAAAAUCUAUAAUACGAAGUGGAAAUAAAGAUGAAGUGUGAAUGAAAAUUGUGCACAAGUGGUGUGGCUAGCGUGGAGGAGCAGAGUAGAACUGAAAAAGGAGAAAUAAGUGGUGCGGUGGAGUGAAACGAAAAGAACCGAGUAGUAAUACUGCCGUGUAAAAGAUAGAUUUAAUUUAAAAAUAGGAUAUAUAUAAAUCCGAUUCGUUAUAGUUUUGCUUCGUUGAUUUCAAUGCCUUUUGUCACUUGAGGAAGUACCUUCCUUAAGAAGAUCUGCUGAAGAAAACAUAUGUACAUAAACAAAGAGCAACAACAAACAAUGGAGUAGUAAUGUAAGCUGCAUUAAAACCUUAUUGUAUGGAAGUGGGGAGCACAGCGCCUACAUUUGCAAUAAUAAAACUGAACUUAAGAAGCAGAACUGCAAGGUAAAAUAGUUGUGAGAACAAUAAGGAGUUAUUGGCAAGAAGGGUCAAUGUGUGGGGUAGAAUAAAGACGAUCAAAGCUAAAACGACGGAGUGCGAAUUAUACGGUUAUCUGUGCGUUGACCGGCUGACAGAGCCAGCAAAUAAUCGAAGACAUACGUUCUAUAACAUAUAUGCGAGGAAUAGAUUACUGGAUUACAAGCUGCGAGAGAGAUUUCAAUUUUGUAAUUGGUAGUCUCACCAUACACGUUCAAAACGAAUCAACGAAUCACAUUUCUAAAUCUAUGCGAAUACUCCAAAGACAAAAUGAAACAUGCAAUAAUUGUCGAUGAUGUAAUGACACGCUGAAACACAAUAGAAAUCUACUAAGUCGACGACCGGCCGACUGUUUGAAAAAAAAAAAAACGUUUAUAUAAAUACUAACAUACAGACGCUUAGAAGUAGAAGCGAAUAAACUCAAAAGAUUAGUGGAUAAAAUGUCAAUGCUGCCAUUAGCGGGCAGUGCCUCCGGUACACAUCUACGUCCACUAUCAUUGACCGGCCCAGAGCGUGAACCUGUGCAAUUUACGGUUAAUUUGGUUGGCGCACCGCCCGAAGUUGAGCAGCUGGUUGAACAAAUCAAAAACGUAGCCGAACAGUUUCUGUAUCAUUGGAAAACCUUCCCAAUCGUACUCCCGCAACCGCUAUCCGCAACAACACUAGUGCUGACCGUCAACAAUGCAACGAACAGCGUUAGUAACCGCAACAAAACGCGACCGAUUAAUUUGCGCGACCUAUUUAUAGCGCCGCCCUUUGAUGAGUUGGAUGCCGUUGCAUCGGAUGGCAGCGGUGAACCGCGACGCCUCACCAAUUCGCAGCUGAAGUCAUUGCGCGAGUCUGGCUUGCAAAAGGAUAAAUACGGCAAACCGAAGAAAUUAACUUUGGAACAAUUGGAAACAAUACGUAAAAAUGGUGAAUUCGAUGUACCCAGCCUGCACUUCCCCGGCCAGGUGCACAAGUGGCGGCUGUCGCAGCUGCUGCAGAAGGGCACAUUGCGCGCGCAUGACUCCUUCCUCAGCGACUUGGCGCUGGUCGCGCGUUUUAUUGUUGUGACUGCGCGUGUGCGCAUUUUCGGACACUUUUUUUCAGUAGUACACGCCGCACAGGCGCUUCUCGAUGGCGUCAUCAAGCUGGUCGAUAUGUUAAUCGGGGUGCCGGCAUUACUUGCCCAUAACUUGGAUUAUAAAAUUAAGGAAGAACGCUGCCGUUUUCUAAUCGCGGAGCUUGUGUGUCGCCCCGAAUUUGAGGACUGUCUGGAUGGGCUGUGUUCGUACGUGCGUAAAAUGCUGCGCCGCGCUACAAUGGAAAAAUUUGAUUUCAAUAGCUGUGAAGUGACGCAACCGGUACCGUAUCUAUUUCUCACACCCAAGGGUCAAGAGAUUGAUUUGCGUCUGUUCUGCCGUGACGUCAUGCGCAAAGCAUUGCCGGUGCUGAUCGGCAUAUUGGAGCGUGAGACACGCGGCUGGUUCCUCCACUUUCGCGAGCGGCUCAUCGCCGAGCUGCGCGCCAAGAAGCUCAGUGACAGGGAAAUCGAGGAGGAAGUAAAUGAGGCCGUUAUGAAGGAAUACUUACAACGUGUCUACUCCUCCAUACUGUCGAACCCCAAACUGGCCGAGCUAGGAGAUGGCAUUCCUGAAUUACUAGUUCAACAGGCACAGUCCGUUGUGUUUAUGUACAAGGCGAUGGAUAAAGUGCAGAAGGACAUUAAGCGCACUCGUGAGGAUCAUCAGAAAUGUCUUGCCAACGAUCAUUCGGUUUUGUCGCGAGUCGCACCUUGGCUGCGUUCGAAAUUGCGCACAGCCGAAGAGAGCAAACUCAGUAAAUCUGCAUGGUCGGCACAUGAGGAGGCGUUGAAAAUGUGCACUAAGCAUAAUUUACACCAAACUGCCUAUUUUCUUAGUCGGGACUUGGCAUUCAUGAAGGAACGCGAACCAGUUUUACUCAAAGAGCUUAAGAAUGCGAAAACUCCGACGCGCAGCUUCCAAUGGGCCUGCCGCAUAUGGUCGCCGAGUGCUUGGAUAAUACGACGCAACUUUCAAGGCCAAUCAGAUGUGAUACCAACAGUGAUCAGUCAGCAGGCAACCUCUAUCGUAACGCCGCGCUCUGAUCCCAGUCAACCAGUGUUCUUGGUGGAGAAGGAGAUCAUACGCACAACCAGCACGCGCUGGCCACUUUGGCGGCUGUUAAAUUUGUUGCAGCGCACAUGGUGUUGGACAUGGAACAUGAUGUUUCUGCUCGGCAUACUGGUGCCCUGGUGUAGCCCCCUGGGGUUGCGUGCGCUCUUCUGUGUAAAGCCGUUCAUGCCGGACCUGGAGCUGUCGCAGAUCAAUGGCACUCUGUUUCCGCGCAAGACCAGCAUUACGCAGACGAUGGCUUCGCGUUUGAUCGAACUUUGGCGACACAUAUCAAAGUCACGGACGCACUUCGAAACGGAACCGGACACUGGGUUUAUUGGAAAAGGAUUGACACGCAACUUAAAUCGGGUUUGGAAUUAUUUCUUUAAGGGUUUUCUCGGCACCCUCAUCAUACUCUUCGCAUUUCCGUUGAUAUGCUUAGCCACCAGUUUUCUCAGUAUUGCAUUGGCGCUGACCGCGCCGCUGUGGAUUCCUAUAUUUACAGUGCUUUUGCAUCUCUAUAUGAUACUCGUAUAUGAUUUAGACUGUCCGGACAACACACGCAAUCGUUACUGUAUACUCUUGGAGGCUGUAAUUUGGAACGUUAUUAUACAAGGCCUUAUACAACCGAUUGCAGCUGUUCUGGUCGCAACGUUUUGCUGUCCGCUGGCAUCGAGCAUAAUUUUAGUCGUUGGAGUGGCCCGCUACUCGCUCCGUCUUCUAUGGGAUUCCGUGAUGUUUCAUUUGUUCAUAAAAAAAUGCGGUCGUGUGCCGGCUUCCGAUAGCCUUGCUGUAAAACGUAUAGCUGGUCCGGGUCUAGCACUCGACUACUAUUUUAUUAUUAAACCCGAACAAGCUUUGGCUGCGUUUGAGGCGAAAAUGGAGUUGGACGAACUUCAGGCAUAUCAGCACGCCAUGGAGCGCAUCAUACUACAGCCGCAAAAGGAUUUCAGCCAAUUCGUAGAAGCCUGCUUUGGUCCAUUCUCAGCACAGCUGGCGAAGACCGGGCCGUAUAUGACACUGGACCGCGAAGCACAUGAUCUGAUGAGCACCCUACACGAGAAGUUGGAAAAGCGGAGACGAGAACUACAAACCUCGCUGAUUACUCAGGUGAAGACCCGCAUAAAAUUAAAUACCAAAGAGUUAAAGAUUGCUAUACAACUGGCCGCCCAUAUAUUAGAGAAAUGCUAUCCGUCACAUGUUAUUGCCAGGCUGUCCAUUAGUGAAGAUGACUUUUGGGAUAAUAAGGGCCUCAGCGUUAACGAUUGGCCCGGUCUGGCCGGACUUAUGUAUACCGAAAUAUUUAGCUUAGAUUUUCUAACGCCAUUGACUGAGAACGAUACACAUUUUAAACUAGAACCGCAUCCCUCGCUUGACUUAACACGUUACACAGAAAUGGUACAAAACGCUACCGAUGUGAUAGGCUCCAAAGGUUUGGAUUUGUUGGGUAACGUGUAUGCGCCGCGCGGUAAUGUGCAAGUGCAUUUGCCAUUCCUCGAAGUGACAGCCUUCAAUCCGCGUUCACGAAUUACGCUCAACUUCAGGAAGCCAGAGAAAAGAGACAUGUCCGUCGGCUUAACGACGCCACGCGUUCGCGCACACCGUUCGCAAAACACGAAAGCGCCAGAGCCACUGAAACCUUGGCGUCCAUGGAAAAAGAAAACGGAUGAGAAGAGCGUCGCGGAGAAGUUGCUUAUACCGUUACCUGUGCCGCAUCCCGUGCACAUUGCUAUCGCCAUACACAAUCGUGACACUGAGAACCCGAUACCGCUCGACUCGGAACUCGUCUGGGAGAUACUCAAGUCAAUCGAGGAUUGUCAAGGCGGUGAUGUGAUGGCUGUGCAAUCAGUUGCGCGCUAUCGCGGCGUUGUAACAGAAUCUAGCAACGACUCGUUAGCCACCAGCAGCAGCAUUGGCAGCACACGCGAUUCCGGUUCCGGCUCAGGCAUCGUAGGCAACGGCACCGAAACAUUGCCCUGUGUUAACCGCGAGGUUUGCACGCAGGUCAAAGUGUCCGAGGAGCCUGUACAAACGUCCGGCUUCCAUUGGACGCUUAGCAACUGGGGUGCCGCGCAAACGGCGCGCCGGCGCACCAAUUCGAAUGUACGCGUCGACUUGGCGAGUCCCGAAGAUAUAUCACUGGACACGGACAGUUCGCGCGCCGUCUUCAACGCAUACGGCACAACGGUUUAAGACAACCGAACAGUGAAUGUGGCUGAAUGCAUGCGUGAAGCAGAUAAUAAAUAAGCAUGGUUUUUAAUUUAAAUAUAAAUGGCAAGUAUUUUAUAUGAAGCAUAUGAAUGCGCGUCAAUGAGUGGAUUUUGUAUGUGAAGUGGCAGCGGCAUGAUGGCGUUCAUACAACGAAUGUUUGUCAGCAAACGAACUGAGGCGUAUACGCGCAAUUCUAAAAGUAUAAACAUACAUACUCACACAUAUACAUUCAUAUGACCAUGAGCAUACUCGUACAUUUCAUAUACUUUCAUUCAUAUAUAGUCUAUAUACUAGCUUACAUACAUAGCAUUGAUAUGAAGAAAGGAUUCAUAGUAGUUAUAUACAUACAUACACAGGCAUAUAUAUUUGUAAAACAUACUACAUACUUAAAUAUAUAUAAAUUUACAAUGUGCAUCUUGCAUCGUGCAUACAAAUCGCUGUACUGUAUGGCUAUUUGAAUAUGCAACCAUAUAAGGCAUCUAGUCGUGCGAACAAAAAGGAAAUAUUCAGUGAGCCACCUAAAAGCAUUCAUUGACACUGGUUAGUGGUGGCAACAAUAUCAUGUUUUUUUUUCUUUUAUUUAAAUAACUUGUUUUCGUUUUGCUUACUUCAUAUACCUUCAUCCAAUUUAGCAAAUUCAGUAUAGAUAUUAUAUAAAACAAGUGCCCCAUAGUUCACGAAAUGUUUUUUUUUUACGUUUUUUCCUUUAUACACCCUAAUGGUAAUGAAAACUCAUUUUCUAUUAUAUAUUGUUACUAUUUAACACACAUAUUUACUCAGAUCGAACUCGAAUAACGCACUUAAGUUACGUAAUUUUCUAACAUAAUUUAUAAUUUUAUUAGAAGUCUCUUCUAUAGUUUUAGAAUAUUUCGAAUAACGUUUCAAAGCCAUGUAAACAAAAUGCCGUUAGAACUCUACCAAUUAUUUACAAAUAUUUUUUUGUAUUUAUUUAUCCACCGCUUUUUGGUUUUAUUUUAGUAUACCGCAAGAGAUUUUUUUGCGAAUAAAUGGUCUCGUUUUAUGAAUUACGCCUUUUGAAGUAAAGAGCAUUCAGUUUUUUACCACAUUUUAGAUUUUUAUCUUGCACUAUCUUUUUUUGUGAGCACAUUCAAUAUUCAUUUACAUAUGUAUAUGUAUUCAUUGGGAAUACUUCGAUGAAACGUCAUCGCAACAAUCAGAAAUACAAAAUAUACAACAUUUUGCUAACUAGUUAUGUGUAUUACAGACGAAAUAUAAGAAAGCUGAGAAAUCUAUUAUCUAGCCGUAGUCAAAACGCCCUUAUAAGAACGCAACCAAAAAUUUAAAUGAGAUUUACAUUUUAAGUAGCAACAAAACUAACAAAAUAAUGUUAAUUCUAUUUUAAAAUGUCAAUACGAAUUCUAUGUACGAAUAUAUUAUAUAUACAUAAAUGCAAUUUGGAAACAAAUGAAAAACAAACCAGAAAUAAUAAUACAUAAUUAUGAAAGUCAAAAGAUGUUGAUCAAUAGAGAAUAAAAUAUAAGUAAUAUUACAUUUACAAUUUAUAUACAAGCGAAGAAUAGUUAUACAAAUAUUAUACAUAAUACAAAUAUGAAUAGGUAUUUACAUAUAACUAUACUACUCCUAUCCUUCCCGGUCUGCGCCUGUCAUCCAGCUUUGCACUCAUUUCAGCGGUCUCCAAGCCACCUGAACCACGCGUUGUGGUAAUAAAAAGAAAUCAACUUAGCUGCGUACAAAACUAAAUAUGCUGGCUACCACGAAACAUUGAAUCAACUGCAGCUGCAUAUUCGUAUGCGAAAUAUAGUUUAAGUGACAUUUUUUGCAAUUGAUAUUUAUGUAUAAUUAACGAAAAUAUGCUAAUUAUAUUUAUAUAUAUAUAUAUGUAUAUGUAUGUCUGUUGUUAGCAGCAAAACCAAAAUGUACGAAAAGAAUAGUUAAUAUGUGUGCAUGCACAUUCGAUCGUUGGCUAAAUAUUAUGCAUAAAUUAUAAUUAUUGGAAAAGAAAGGCACACAAAGCACACCACAUAUUACAACAACACGAACAAACAAAAACACUUGCUUAAAACAUCUUGAUUAACGGGGAACACAAACUUAGUUACAAGAUUAUACAGCUGCCCAUCAGCGCCAUUAUUAUAUAUAUAUUAUUGCCAAUUUGUUAUUAUUAUAUAUGUACAUUAUAGUUCAAAACGCAUUCAAUUGUAUUAUAUCAACAAAUUCCCACGAAAAGAUUCCGUACAGCCUAUUUAAAACAAACCUAUGUAUUAUGUACAAGUAUUUUAUUGAUACAAGCAACUGACCUUGCCAUAUUUGUAUCUUUUUUUAUAAUUUAGCAUAUUUCUUGUUCGCACCAAAUAAGAAAUGCGAAUUUGCAAUUAUUAAUUAAAUGUUCAUAAUUUCACAUUCACUUUUCACAUACCUGAGUACAAUGCAGCCAACACCAACG